AUGCGCGAGUUUAUUAUUCUCGUAAUUUUUGCUUCAUUUUUAGUCGAUUUUACAAUAGAACAAGUUCAAAUCAAAUGCUAUAGUUGUAUUGCGCCAGUUGGAGUCACUGAUAUUACCACAGUUUGUAAUUCGAGUUUGUUUUGUAAGGGACAAUACUGUACCAAAGGACCAGAUGCACUUUGUAAGAAAAUAUCUAACAAUUUCCUGAAUUUAGAAAGUGAUCAUUCAAAUUUUCAGCAAAUGGUAUAAAACAUGGAUGUACUGACACACCUCCAUUGGACAGCGGUGGAACAAGUUUGUGAAAAAUUAAAAUUUCAAAUCGGGGGAAAUGAAACUAUCGUAAUCUAGACAAGAAGAAUACGUAAUGCUGCUGUUGCAGCUGAAAUUUGAACUAACUGUUUUCAGGCUAGAGAGCACUCAUUCAAAUCAGACUAGAUCAUAAGGUUUGGUUAGGAGAAAAUACUACAGAAUCCUAAAAAAAUUGAGUGAAAAACCUAAUUCUGAAAACAAUAUUUUUGAAUUUUUUUCCCUUGAAAAGUAACUUAUGAACUUUGUUAUUCCAUUUCAGAUUCUCAAGAAAAUAUUUUUCGACAAAAUACAGUAACCGUUGAGAUGUGAAGUUUCAGAAAAACGUUAUUGAAACUAAUUUAAGCUUAACUAAAUCUACAGUAUUUUUAAAAUACUAAAAGUUUUCAAAGACUUCAAUUUCCGAGAAAAAAUAUUUUUGCGUUAGAUUUUCCACAGAUUUUUUAUGAAAAUUUGGGAAUUUCACAUUUAGAAUUAGCUUUUUCCAAUAACCUAUUUUUUUCCAGAAUGCAAAUGGGUAACCACAAAAACCGGAAAACACGCAAACUGCUAUUGUAAAAACAUUGACUACUGCAACUCCUCCCGCCAAAACCCUCCACCAAUACCAAUCUUCAUAAUCACAAUCACCAUCUCAAUCAUUUUUCGACAAAUGUUUCGAUAA